AAAUAGUAUUUCUAAAAUUUACUAGGAUCAAACUCAAAUAAUUAUCAACAUUACUUAGAAUUAUAAUUUUAAAUCAAAGUAAGAAAUAAUUCUAAAAAAGAAAUGAAUUUAGAAUAUCCACAAAACCCAGGUGGGUUAGUGUAUAAAAGGAUGAGAUUGUAUACAACAAAAAAACAAACUAUAAUUAUGGGGUAUUCUAAAUAUGAGAAGGAAUACAAGCUCCUUUACAUUUCAAAAUCUUAGGGGAAUGAUAAAUCUAACAUUUGCCAAGAUUAGGGAUUAAAAUAUAUAAUUGAAGAAGAUAAGUAGAGGUUUUCUUCAAUUGAAGAAGCAGAAUAGAGCAUUAAAAAGACUUAAGAAAUUUAGAAAUCAUUGAAUUUUGUUUGCAAAUUCUAUGGCAUUGUUGGUUUCUACAAAUUCCUUGAAGGAUACUACAUGGUUUAUAUAAAAGAAAUUAAGAAAAUCGCUAAGAUCGGAAGACACAAGCUAUGGACAAUAUAAAAAACAGAAGUGCUCAAGUUGUUUGAUGGGAAGAAUUCAAGUAAAGAAGAACAAUAAUUUAGAAAACAACUGAAUGAAUAUGAUAUGACAUAAGGAUUUUAUUCUAGUUACUCAUAUGAUUUAACCAACACUUUGAAUAGAAAUAUGAUGAGAAAUGCUUUGGAAAUAAUUGACAGUCAAAACAAGUAUUAAAAUCAAUUAAAUCUUGAUAGACGCUACUCUUAAAGUAAACAAUUAGGCUAGUUCUGCGAGAUUUUCAUGUGGAACUACUAUGCAGUGCAAUAAUUCUACCAUAUUCUCUAAAAUAAAAAAUGGGUUAUUCCAAUUAUUCAUGGCUAUUUAGAACAAAAAAACUUAAAAAGCUUAAACUCUUCAUUUAGCAUUACUAUCAUAUCAAGAAGAUGUCGCCAUCAUGCAGGAACUAGAUUUUGUAAAAGAGGAUUAAACUAAGAAGGUUUUGCUGCAAAUUAUGUUGAAACUGAAUAAAUUGUAAUCGAUUUAGAAUCGACUCAUAGACGUCCUGCUUGUUCUUCUUUCGUCCAAAUCAGAGGUUCUGCACCUGUUUUUUGGCAUCAAGAUCCUAGUCUCUUUGAUGUAAAACCCCAAAUUCAAAUUAAUUAGUGCGAUCCUUAUUACUCUGCAACGAAAAAGCAUUUUGGUGACUUGUAUGCUAGGUAUGGGGAAAAGAUAUUUUGUAUGGACUUAGUAAAGUCAACUUAAACUCAAACGAAUGAAGAAAAAUUAGCAUAAGUAUAUAACCAAGUAGUUGAAGAAAUCAACUGCGAAAUAGAAUCGAAGUAGUAGAUAACAUAUUUUCAUUUCGAUAUGAAAAAGCAAUUAAAAACAGAUAAAAUAGAAUAUGUGGAGAAAAGCUAUACAUUUGCUUACUAUGUGGUUCAUUAAAUUGGUAUAUUUUUGGUUUAGGAUUCAAAGAGGUCAAAAUUGGAAUAGUGUGUAGAAAUUUAAAAUGGUGUCUUGCGUAGUAAUUGUGUUGAUUGCUUAGACAGAACGAAUUCGUUCUAAUAGUUAGUUGGAGAAAUAGCACUUGCAAUUCAAUUGGCAAAGAUGUUUUAGUCUUCUUGUAAAUUUUCUGAUUUAAAUGUGCAUGAGAAAGUCCUUGUAUUUUAUAGAGGAAUGUUUGAACGCAUGGGUGAUAUAAUUUCAGAAUAAUAUGGAAGUUCGAAAGCUCAUAAGUAAAACAUUAAAGAGUAAAAGACUAAGUGGAGAUUUGAGCUAUUUACUUCAAUCCAACGUCACUUUAAGAAUAAUUUAAGUGACAGUGCUAGAUAGUAAUCAAUUGAUCUAUUUUUAGGAAAUUUUAUUCCUGACGAGAAUUAAAAGAUAUGGUAAAAUCCAAUAAAGUAAUUUUAGCCAAAAAAUGGAUAUGAGAUUUUGGUUUUUAAGAAUCACAAUGAUUCUAUUUCUUCAAGUAGGUAAAAUUCCAUAACUUAAGAACAAGAAAGGUCUAGUAAUAAGAGUAAGUAAAAUAUUAAUAUUUCGUAUCCAAUAAAAAAUGAAGAAAAAUCUUGGUGGUAGAGAUCAAUAAUGUUUUUCAAGGAAGAAACUUGUGUCAACCUGAUUAGAAGAAUAAUGGAAGAGGAGUUCAAUCAAUCACCAGAAGUAUUUGAAAGACAAUACCUUCCUCUGUUUAAAAAUUACUAAAUUCCUUUACACAACCAAAGAAACAAGUUCACCUUCAAAAAAUUCUAAAUAGAGUUUAUAAAUAUAAUUAAUAAAUACGAUAAAUCUAAGUUAUAAUUGAGCACACAAUCACUAAAAUUUGUCAUCACUCUACCAAAAAAUUACUUGUUCAUCAAUUUUUAGAAUACCUUUUAGAAGAUAUCUAGAAAAGAAAUCAGUGAAAAACUAAGUCGCGAAUACAAUAAGCUGAUCCAUUUAUUUCCAGAUUUGGAGUUUAAUUAUACUUAAACAGCUGGUUAUGAGUAAGAAAAAAUGGUUAAUGUUGAUUAAGAAAAGGGAGAAAAAUAAAGAAAUAGUGGAGCUGGAAAAGAAAUGUUUUUUAAAAGUUAACAUAAAUUGAGCAGAAUUGAUUUCAUAAAUAAUGUUGAAGAAAGUAAAAAAAACAUAGACUAAUUUGAUAUAAUUCCAGAAAAGCAAUAUUCUCAAAUAGAAGAAAAAAAGCUAAGUGAUAAUGAAGCUAUAAACUUCAGUACUAUGAAUAGAAGUGAAAAAGUAAUUAAUUACUAAAACUUGGAGCAAAUAAACGAAAUGGAAAACUCAUAAAUAGAUGAUAAAAAAGCAGAUUUUUUCCGAUAAGAUGAAAACAGCGAUUUAGGCGAUAUUUAACAAGAGAACUAUUCUCCUCCUAUUAAUAACAUAGAUAAUUAAGAAGAAGUGAUCACUUAUUUAGAACCUAAAACAAAUCCAAGCUCAUUUAAAAUUGAACAAGCUUAUUCUACAAUUUAUAACUAAUAAUCUACAAUGAAUGGCUUACAAAAGUUAAGCUAAUUUUAAGGCAAAUUAUAUUAAAACAGUUAGGAAAUCACACUUUAAGAAAGAUUUUUAAUUGAUGACUACUUUUCAACAAAAAUUAAGACUAUAAAUGAAGAAGAUAUUUAGUUACAAUAAAGUGUGGAAAAGAAAAGAAAUUUUAGAUAAUCCAAAAAUCAGCAAUAAUCUUAUUAAAGCAACAAUAACAACAACGAGAACAAUUAUGAACUAACUUUAAUUAAUAAUACAAUUGAUGAGUAUUUUAGCUACAAUAAAAUAAAUUAGAAGAAAAUUACUGAUUAAAGUGAAAACUAUUUUGAAUAUAAAGAUAUUGCUCUAAAAUAGAAUAUUUCAAAUGAGAUUAAUGGCUAUUUCGAUAAUAAAUUACCAAACUCAUCUACAAACAAUGCAAAUUAAAAAAUAAAAUGUCCAAGAUGUAAUCUAGAAUAAAAUAGAUUUGAUGAUAACAAAAUGGUUUCUUCAUAUGACAAUUUAAGAGUUAGAGGACAUACUACCUUCUUUUAAAAGAACGAUGUUGACUAUGGAGAAAAAGGAAGUAGCAGACUUAUGGAUACCUUAUGUAAGCAUCAUCACACAGAAUACAUGAUUCAAAUGUCUUCAUAUUCAAAUAUUCACUAAGGAACACAAUUUAAUAUUGCAGCUUAGUCAUAAUUCAGAGUAAAUGAAAAUGGAAUGAGUCGCAUAGAGAGUGAAAUAGGUCAAUCAGAAAUAAGUUCUGAUAUUCCAUAAAAACAGAGACAAAGCAAUGAAACAGAUGGAAAAAAGAAAAAUGUUUAGCUUCUAGACAUGCUAGUCAAAAGAAAUUUUAUUUUCCCAUAAAAUACCAUCAUAAAUGUAGUCUGAUUUAUUUAUUAGUUUAAAAAAUAUUAAUACUCCUUAAAAUGUUAAUAAUAAAUGUUAUAUUUUUAUCAUAAUUAAUUUUUCUAAAAAAGUGAUUGAUUCCGUAUUUAUAAUUUAUGUAAUUAUUUUAAAGCAAUAUUAUAAUUCAACAAAAUAAAAAUGUAAAUAAA